AUGGCCUCGCCUGAGCUGGCCAUCACCAAGGCGACACUGUCGGCGACUCUCUUCCGCGCCGACCCGACCUCGCUGAACCGCGCCGCCGUCGACGACUUCUUCUCGCUGCUAGACAAGGCCAUCGUCCAGUGCUCUCGCCAGAACGUCCAGAAAUGCAAGGCUUGGAUCGUCGACAACAUUGUGCCGUCCACGGCGCGUUGCACUGCCCUGGGCAAGUACUGGGCCGUGUUGUCGAAGAACCUGGUCGUGGAGGCUGACGGGAAGCGCCCCAGCGCCAAGAGGCGGAGGCUGCAUCUCUUGUACAUUGUCAAUGAUGUCCUCCACCACCAGACUGUGCGCCAGGGCAGCCGCAAGGUGGGAGAGGCGUGGGCGGGAGUCCUGCCCUCCAUGAUGGGGAACGCGGCGGCCUUCGACAACUGCCCCAAGCACAAGAAGAAGCUCGGCGCCCUGAUCGAUCUGUGGGAGGAGAAGGCCUAUUUCGCACCAGACGUGAUUGCUCAGCUCCGCACAGCUCUGGCCAAUGGCUCUGCCGAGAUCACUGCUGUGAACCUCGAGCUCUCCGAGACCUCGCUCAAGCUCGCCAAGGACGCCCCAUACAUCCUGCCCUCCUUCCACGGAGACCCUUCCAUCCCAUGGUACGAUCUGCCUGCCGGAACCUGGUUACCUCACAUCACCCCGAAUUCCUCCAGGCCCAUGAUUCCUGACCAGAUCCGGCCCAUUCAACUGGCGGCGGGCCCGGCCGAUAGGCGAGUCGUGGAUGCCGUCAAGACGCUGUUGAAGGACGCAGACUACAUAUACUCCAAGGAAAGCGAGCCGAGCGACGACGUACACACGGGCUACAGUGAAAUGGGAGAGCGCAUCAUUCUGGACGAAAUCACGGGCGAGGUGAUCGGAGGAGACAGCUACUACGGCUGGUCUCGCCAGUUCUGCGAGCGCAUGAGGGAGAGGCGGAAGAAGCAAUCCGGGGAGCGCUCACGCAUCUGUACCGCCGCCGCCGCCGCCGCCGCCUCCUUCUCAGCCGCCUCAGCACAACAACCAAUAUGGACGCGGCAACGGCAGCAGCGGGUAUAGGGGUCGUGGAAGAGGCGGGUACGGCCGCGGUGGCUAUCGAGGGCAGUAUU